AAAAAGGGGGGAGGGGAGAGGUGCGGAGGCCACCGCGGCCGCCUGCAGGCGCCAGCCAGAGGCCCAGGCCGGGGCGGGAGUGCGCGGCACGUGGCCUAGUCCGGGCGGAGCAGACGGCUGAGGCGGCCCCGGGAGCCGAGCCGCCAGGGAUACCAAGAUGCCAGGGGAACAGCAGGCAGAGGAGGAGGAGGAGGAGGAGAUGCAGGAGGAGAUGGUGCUGCUGGUGAAGGGUGAGGAGGAGGAGGGUGAGGAGAAGUAUGAAGUGGUCAAGCUCAAGAUCCCUGUGGACAACAAGGAGGUCCCGAGCGAGGCGCCAGCGCCACCGGCCGACCCGGCGCGCCCCCACGCGUGCCCGGACUGCGGCCGCGCCUUUGCGCGCCGCUCCACGCUGGCCAAGCACGCACGCACGCACACGGGCGAGCGGCCGUUCGCGUGCACCGAGUGCGGCCGGCGCUUCUCGCAGAAGUCGGCGCUGACCAAACACGGCCGCACGCACACGGGCGAGCGGCCCUACGAGUGCCCCGAGUGCGACAAGCGCUUCUCGGCCGCCUCGAACCUCCGGCAGCACCGGCGGCGCCACACGGGCGAGAAGCCGUACGCGUGCGCGCACUGCGGCCGCCGCUUCGCGCAGAGCUCCAACUACGCCCAGCACCUGCGCGUGCACACGGGCGAGAAGCCGUACGCGUGCCCGGACUGCGGGCGCGCCUUCGGCGGCAGCUCGUGCCUGGCGCGCCACCGACGCACGCACACGGGCGAGCGGCCGUACGCCUGCGCCGACUGCGGCACGCGCUUCGCGCAGAGCUCGGCGCUGGCCAAGCACCGGCUCGUGCACACGGGCGAGAAGCCGCACCGCUGCUCCGUCUGCGGCCGCCGCUUCGGCCACCGCUCCAACCUGGCGGAGCACGCGCGCACGCACACGGGCGAGCGGCCCUACCCGUGCGCGGAGUGCGGCCGCCGCUUCCGUCUCAGCUCGCACUUCAUCCGCCACCGCCGCGCGCACAUGCGGCGCCGCCUCUACAUCUGCGCCGGCUGUGGCCGGGACUUCAAGCUACCGGCCGGCGCCACAGCAGCCACUGCCACCGAGCGCUGCCCCGAGUGCGAGGGCAGCUGAGCCGCCGGGCCCGGGGAGGCGCACGCUGGGACCUGCCCUGGGUGCACUAACCUUGGUGCUCGGGUCUGGGGAGAGGCGGGACGGCGGGCCUGGCUGCCCUGGGACCGGAGACAGGGCGGCUCCCCUGCCGGGGUCCCUGGAAACCGUGCCCGGUCCCCCUCGCGACAUUCCUUCGGCCCGUGUUAGUGAAUAAAGUGUUCUGCACCCCA